AUGGAGACGAAGAAAGAGGAAGUGACACCUCUCAGAGGCACUCUUGUUCUGAAAACUAGACAAGACAUGAAGCGAAUCGAGGAAACAGAGGAUUGCUUCAUCCUCGAUUUCAAUCCUUUUGAUUCUUUCGACGUUAAAAAUCUUUCGUUUUCUGGCGAUCAUGAACGUGAUAAAGAUCUGGCUAUCAUCCAUGAGACAGGCCAGGUGGCUUGUAGAGAUUACCCACAUCCAAGACACCUUUGCUUAAACUAUCCCUUUGGAUCAACUCCUAAUGCAACCCAUUGUCAUCUGUGUUACUGUUGCCUCUGCGAUAAGCCUGCUCCGUGUUCACAGUGGAUGUCUUCCCAUUGCAAUGCUUCAGCAGACUCUAUGGAGCGGAGAACUAUGGAUUGA